AUGAACGAGAGCUCAUUAUUUCAAGGAAUAACUGUAUUUAUAAGUGGAGAUCCAGACAAAAAGCUACUGGAUUUCUUUAAAAAUGGAAAAGGACAAAUAUCAAAGUUUACAAUGGAGAAAACUAAUUACAUCUUGUGUGGCAAAAAUUACGACGAGUCACAAUUGCAGGAAGCUAUUGAUUUAUACGAGAUUCCAGGCAUUACAGAACAGUGGAUUCUUAAUAGCGUUCGAAUGAAUAAAUUGGCAUCAAUAAAGGCUUACUCUCCAAAAAGUCAAUCAAAAUUGUUUAAUGGAUUUAUCUUUACGAUGACACAAGUUGAUCAACCUGACAGAUUGAAGCUAUAUGCAAUGAUAACAUUUCAUGGUGGUGCAGUUCAGAAGGAUCUUGAUAAUAAAGUUACGCAUUUAAUAUCUGGAGGAGCACAGUCUGUUGCAUUAAAACUAGCUGGACUAUCAAAAAUGACUAUUAUAACUCCAGAUUGGGUUUUAGAAUGUCUUAAACAAGAAAAACUUGUUGAAUCUGAAAUUUAUCAUCCAAGUCUACUAAUUUCUCCUGUUAAGCAACAAAAAAUCAUUAUGCCAACUGGAGAUAUGAAGUCAUCAUCUAUAAUGCGCAAUCAAUUGCAACAAAAUAUACGUCAACCUCGUCCAAUGGUGGUUCAAAUGCAGCAUACACCUCAACAAAUUAACGAAAUUAUUCAAAGUCAAAUUCAGCAGCAACAAAUGCAAGAACAAGCUAAAUUAAGAGCCCAACAAGCUGCUCAAGUAUCUUCAAAUCAACAAAGUGGACCAUCUUCAAUAACUAAUGUCCAAAAUAGUGGAAACUCUGACAAUACUAAUCCACAAACUAAUACUACAUCUAUUCUUCAAGUUAAUCAGAUUCAAAAAAUUAAUACAAAUCCACAACAAACACAGCAACAACAAGUAGUAACAACAAGUGCACAAAUGACUCCUGGACCAAAUGUUUGCAUUAUUCAACCCAAUCAAAAUGCCCAAAACAUCCAACAGAACCAGACACAAAUGAAUGUUAGUAUCCAGCAACAAGGUAAUCAAGUGCCCACAACGAUACAGCAACAGCAACAAAGGCAAAUUGCAUUGCAACAACAAUUGGAAGCAAAUGCAAGGAAUCAAAAGAUCCAAUUAAUAUCCCAACAACUUCAACAAGCUACACAAAAUCAAAUUAUUCAACAGCAGCAGCAACAACAAAUGAAACAAUUUCAGACCAAUCAAAUUAUAACGACUAAUAAUCCAACCCAAAAUAUUCAAGUUCAACAACAGCAAACAACUCAACAACCUCAGCAACAAAUUGUAAUCAACAAUCAACAACAAUUUAUUGCAACAGUCCAACAAAAUCAACAAGGAAACGUUAUCCAGCAAAAUCAAGUUAAUACUAAUAUUGUUCCACAGAAUCAAAUGAUUAAUACAAAUCAACAGGCUCAAAAUCAACCUAAUCAACAAUUUGGGAAUCAAACGAUGAAACAAAUUUUAACUACGAAUCAGCCUCAAAAUCAGCAAUUUAUAAUAAAUCAAAGCCCUAAUCAAAAUAUCAAAACAAUUACUAGUACAACCCAACAAAUUGGUCAGCAACAGCAAACGGUUACAGGAUCCAGUGGAGCAAAUUACAUCCAAAUAAUCCAGCAAGGACAACCAAUAAUUCAGAUCCAGCAACAUUCAGACGGAAAUCAAAUUCAUCAAAAGAACAUCCAACAAACACAGCAGCAAAAUGUCAGCCAGCCACAACAAAUUCAAGUCAGUCAACAGAUGCAAACCGCUCCAAAUGUUUCAAUUCAGUCUAAUAUGUCCACUCCAAUCACACAAAAUAUUGGUGGGAAUAUUCAGCAACAAGUUCCUUCAUCUCCGCAACAAACGCAACAGACAGGAAUAAUACAGAAUCAAGGUGGACGUCAGAAUAUUGUAAUCAUAAAUCAACUUCAAAAUCCACAGAAUGUAAAUCAAAUGUCGUUACAAAAUCAGAGGUUCCAAACACCGCAAGGUCAGUUUCAAAAGACCCAGAUUGGUACUCAGCAAAUAAUUCAACAAAAAUUAAUAACUGCAAAUGAUGGAAGUAUCGUACAACAUCAUCAAAGUGGUCAGCCACAACAAAUUAUUCAAGUCCAUCAAACCACAAUUUCUGGUGGACAAAUUCAACAACAAAACGUUGAGGGAAUCAUUAUGGAUCAAAAAAUGCACAAUGUUCAAGCUCCCCAACAAACAACACAGCAAUUAACACAAGCUCAGGCUGUACAUCAAAUCGCCCAACAGCUUCAAAGUGCCGAAAUUUUAUCACAAAAUCCAUCUCAGCAGCAAUCACAAAUGCCACAACAAACGGCUAAUACUCAAAUGAACAUAAUUUCAAAUCAAGCAGGCACUCAUCAAGUCGUACAAUCCGUAAAUCCGGGAACUCCACAGCCUGGACAAAUUACACAAACUCAAAGAUGGAUUCCUCAAAGUCCUACGCAGCCACAAACUUCUCAACCACUACAGACGUCUACCCCACAAUCACCAAUCGUUCAGCAUAUAAUUACAACUAAUCAACAAGGUGCGACAGGACAACAAUUUAUUCGUGCAACUGGACAACGACUUGGUCCAAUUUAUCUUGAUGCUCAAUCUUCGAUUCAAUUUCAACGCAUGGAUCAAGCACAACGUCAAGAAUAUUUAGAACAAUUGCAUAAUAAGCAGCAACAACAGCAAAGAGAAGGUGUAAUGUUCCAGCAACGUCCAACAGUUCCUAAUACAGUUAGUGGUCCAAGACAUAUUGUAAUUCGAUCACAAGUUCCACCAGGAUUAACUACACAACAGCAAAUUCAAUGGAUUAGUAGUCAAAGACGUCCAAUUUUAAUUCGUCAACCUAAUCAAGUUGGAAUGACACAAAUUAACCAGCCAGUUCCAAAUCAGAUUCAUAAUGUUGCACAAAUAGAUCCAAAUGCAACGCCACAACAACAACAGUUGCAGAGACAGCAUUUCCAACGCUUACAACAAAUGCAACAAACACAAAAAAUGGCAGGAAAUGUUCAAACUCCAGUUUCUCCAAGAGGAAAUCCAAUAUUUCCGACUAAUGAACAAAGCGGAAGUGGACUAAUGGAAGGAAUUUCUCAGCAAAUCACUCAACAAAUUACACCGACUGAUGUAAAUGGUGUUUCAAGUAAUAAAACUAAAACUGCCUUAGCUAACAUGCUCAGUAAUCGUUUGGGUGGAAAUAGUGGAAAUAUUCCAGUUCCAGUUGAACAAACGGUAGUCGAUCAAUCAGCGUCUGGUACAUUAAGAAUGAUGACAGCACAGCAUGCAUUAAAUGUCCAAGGAAUAACACCAGUGGUUCGAAAUCCACAAGAAUUAAUUGUUUUACAGCAGCAACAGCAACAACAAAUUCAGCCACAAAUAGCUGGAGGACAAAAUAUCGUUCAAACACAUCAACAAUUACAACAGAGAAGAACUUUGGGAAAUAUAACGAAUGCUCAAGGUGGAAUCGUUCCUACAUCUCCAGUGAUUGUUGGAAAUCAAAUGCAAACAGGAACACAAGUAAUUAUGCCUCCAUCACCAAGCACAAACAUUAAACAGCCACCAUUUAGUCCUGGACGUGCGCCACCUCCUCAAAUUGUUAAUCGUCCACAAUUCUAUGGACAUAAUCCUAAUUUAAAACUUCCACCAGAUCUAUGCUUGCUCGGUUGUCAUUUCCUUAUUGUUGAGUAUGAUGAAACAAAUGCAGAAGAUUUAGAGGAUUGGACAAAAUCCAUAAAAUAUCAUGGAGGUGAAAUUGAGGCAUGCUAUAAUCUAAAAGUUUCUCACGUUCUUUGUAAGACUCAAAAGCAUGGAAUUGUAAUGCAAGCCAUAAGAGAUAAUAAACGAUGCGUUACUGCUUAUUGGCUUAAUGAUAUUAUUUUGAAGAAGCAAGUAAUACCUCCAUGGCAAGCAAUUCAUUUGCCAUCAUCAGCUGUUUUUGGAUCUUUAAGACCUGGAAUGAAGCAUAUAAUAACAAUAAUGGGAUUCGAGAAUGAUGAACGUGAAAGGGUUAAACGGAUGAUUGAAGAAAGUGGUGCAAAGCUAACGACUUAUUUAAAUCGUCAAAAUACUGUAAUGGUCUGCAAAAGGCUUGAUCAAAUGAACAAGAAAUAUUUACAUGCAAAAGAAUUCAAUAUUCCUAUGGUUAAUGUUGUGUGGCUUAGUGAUCUUUUGCUUGGAAAUACUAGCUUGAUUUCUCAGUUCGAAUCCCCGAAAUAUCAGCAAUACAAUCUUCCUCAGCCAUUAAGAAUCGACCAUUCAAUUGUUCCUCAACUAAUGAAUGCCUGGAAAGCACCAAUCAAUUUGACACAAGAAGCUCAUGAGAAACUAAAGAGAAGUCAAAUGGAACCACCUCCAAAAAAGCUUAAAAAGAUGAGAACAAUUCCUUUACUGGAAGUAAUUCCUGACGAAAUUCAUUGCAUUAGACACCCGAAUUUGAAUGAAAUUCCAAUUGUUAUGUUUUCACAUGUUGACAAUAUUGAUGGAUUAUCGCGUGCUGUAAUGAUUCUGGGUGGAAGGAUUACACAAGAUCAUAAUGAAAUGACGCAUCUCGUCAUGACAAAACCUAAUCGAACUCUAAAAUUCCUGUAUGCAUUAUGCAGUGCAAAAUAUAUCAUUAGCUCAUGCUGGCUUGAAGAUAGUGCAAAAGCAGGUUAUUUCCAAACAGAAGACAACUACUGGAUUAAGGAUUUAAGCGAAAUGAACUAUAAAUGUGAUGUGCUGCAAGUAAUCAAGUCUCCUAUUAGGAAUAGGCUGUUUGAAAAUCGAGUAUUUUACAUCACUCCAAAUGUCAAGCCAGCACCAAGCUAUUUGAGAUGGCUAAUAGAGAGAAGUGGAGGAAAAUGGGAACAUAAUCGACGAUCAGUCAUGAAAAUUCAUGAAUUGAAUCAACAAAGUCCCAACAGUUAUAUUGUCGUAAGUUGUCCAGAAGAUUUAAUUCUAUUAGGAUUCAAGCAUUACGUCUGUUACGUUUGCACAAGUGAAUUUAUUUUACAGUCAAUAAUGACGCAAACGAUGGAUUUCCUGAAAUCAGAAUUACAACUAUCACGUUAG